AUGCACGAAUGUGCUCGCACAGAGCCAACCAUAUACAAACACCUUGUGGGUCUUGCGCAUGCGUUGUUUUUCUUUCUUCACACAUUAGGAGAUAUCUUCACUUGCACUGAUCCACCGGAGAAGCCUCGCAGAAAAAAAAAUUGUUCAGUAUUUCUCAAGGGGUCCCCAUUCAUGUAUUUAUACCCUAUUGAUAUUACCCUUUCUUUCUUUCUUUCUUUCUUUCUUUCUUUCUUUCUUUCUUGUUUAAUUCUGUUCUUUUGUUUCUCUUUAUUAAUUUCCUUUUUUUUAAAUCCUGUUCUUUUUCAUUGCCAUUUCUUUCUUUCUUUCUUUCUUUCUUUCUUUUUCUUUCUUUCUUUCUUUCUUAAACCUCCUUCUCCUUUACUUUCCUUAUCUUUUCUUCUUCUUCUUCUUGACCUUUUACAGUGUAGCCAUGACAACCCACCCAAGUCAGACCACACAAAAUAA